GUGUGUUUGUUGUCCUCUGUCACUUCCGGGUUUGGCGCUGUGCAGCAUGGGAAAUCAUUUCCUCCUUGGUCACGUGGUGCGUCCCUGCCUGCAGACGAGCCAAGAUGGACGCAGGAUUCUUUCGGGGCACCAGUGCCGAGCAGGACAACCGUUUUGCCAACAAGCAGAAGAAGCUGCUCAAACAGAUGAAGUUUGCAGAUGGCUUGGACAAGAAGGUUGACAUGACAAAAGUCAACAUCGAGACCAUCAAACCAUGGAUCAAACAGAAGAUUAACGACAUGCUUGGAUUCGAGGAUGACGUAGUCAUUGAUUACGUCUUCAACCUGCUGGAAGAGGAAAAGGAGCCAGACCCAAAGUGUAUGCAGAUCAACCUGACGGGGUUUCUGAAUGGGAAGAAUGCGCGAGAGUUCAUGGGGGAGCUGUGGAAACUUCUGGUCAGCGCGCAGGACAACAUUGCCGGCAUUCCUGCCGAGUUCCUUGACAAGAAGAAAGAAGAAAUCAAACAGAGACAGCUUGAACAGGAGCGUAUCCAGGCGGGGCUGAAGCGUUACCAGGAGCUGAAAGACCAAGAGGAUAAGGAGGAAGAAGUGAAAGUGGAAGAAGGGGAAGAAGAGAAAAAGGACAAAACAGAGGGAUCACCAGAGGAGGGCACACAUGCUGAGGAGGCUGCUAAGGAGGAGUCUCCCAACCAGGCUAAUCCUGCCUCUGCUCCUCAGCCUAAGAAAAGCUCAGAGUCCAAGUCUCCCUCCAAGGAAGAAACCAAGAAAAGGAGCCCCUCUCCCAAGAAAGCUGAGGCUGACACUCCUGCAAAGAAGAGUAGCGAACAUGACAAGAAGCGUGACCGUAGACGGUCUCGCUCACGAUCUCGGUCGCGGUCCAGAUCCAGAUCCCCUCGCAGAUCUAGAUCCCCACGCCGAAGCCCUCCCCGUAGAAGGCGGCGAUCGUCCAGGUCGCGUUCACCACGCCGUCGCUCGCCGCCACGACGCAGGUCCCCGCCACGGCCGUCCCGACGCAACAGAGCUGACAGGGGAAGAGGUUGGAUGACCCAAAGACCACAGAGGGGGAGAGGUUGGCUGCUACAAAGGGAGCGUCGCAGAGGGCGGUCUCGGUCAAGGUCAAGCUCUGGAUCGUCAGGAUCAUCUGGUUCAAGGUCACCAGUGAGGCGACAGAGACGACCAUCCUCGCCAGCCAAGCGGUCGCAGAAACCAGCCGCAUCACCCAGCCGGAAGGACAAGUCACCAGAGCCCAAACCGAAGACGGAAACAGAAGUAAAGGAGGAGAAGAAGAUAGCUGUUGUCCGCCCCCUGGGCUCACCCUCCCCACCACCUGCACACUACAAGGCUAAACUGGAGAAGGAGAAGAGUCGGGAUUCGGGGGAUGCUGAUGAAGCUGGUCCUGCGUAUGAAUACGUACCAAAGCCAGAUGGUCUGCAGCAGAGACGACAGUACAGAAAGCAACACUCCUCUCCCUCAGAUUCCUCCUCGUCGUCUUCUGAUGAAGAUGACAGGAAGAAGUCAGGGAAGGAAGGCGGGCGUCGCCAGCGGUCCUACAGCCGGUCUCGCUCCAGGUCACCACGGAGACGAAGACGGAGCUCCUCCCCAGACAGACGUAGAGCAUCUCCAAGGAGACGCGGAAGAUCGCCGUACCCUAGAAGACGCACCCCCUCCCCGAUCCUCCGCAGACCACGAUACAGUCCCUCGCCUCCCCCUCGCAGAAGACGCCGCUCGUUCUCACGCUCUCCGAGACGCCGGUCACCCUCUCCGAGAAGGCGGGGCACUCCGUCUCCGAGAAGACGCACCACUCCUUCGCCCAGAAGACGUUCCCCAUCUCCUAGAAGACGUAGGACCCCGUCCCCACGCCGGCGACGAAGCCCGUCUCCCAGAAGACGAUCCGUCACCCCACCGCCACAGAGAAGACGUCGAUCCCCGACACCACCGCCGAGGCGUAGAUCGCCCCUCACCCCGCCCCCUAGGAGACGCAUGAGCCCGUCCCCAAGGCGAUCACCCAAACGGGCGCGACCCAGUAGAGACCAUUCCCCAUCCGCAUCCCCGCCUCCCAAGCGCCGUGCCCCCUCCCCCCACAGGGAGUCGCCCUCCCCGGUCCGUAAACGGCGUUCCCCCUCCCCCCCUCCCCGGCGCCGCCGCACGCCCUCCCCACAGCUGAGAAGGCAGUCCCGGUCCUCCCGAUCUCCACGCAAAAUGUCGCCCCGGCGGAAACAACAGGACGUGUCACCGAGACGGAGGUCCAACUCGUCACCACGGCGCAGGUCUGCCUCGUCUCCACAGCGCUGGUCAGCUGGGUCACCAAAGAAACCAGUGAAGGAAGUGUCCCCAAGUCCCGUAAAACGGAGAAAAAGAAGUGCUUCAGGGGAGAGAUCCCCAUCUCCAGCUCGAGCUCCUGUGAUGAAGAAGAAACCGUCACGCUCGCCUUCCGGCUCCAGAAGUCCAUCUCCAAAACCAACCCCGAAGAAGAAGAGCAAGAAGGAAGACUCCGGUUCUGAAAGCCCUGACAAGGAGUCUGAUGCCGAAAUAAAGAAGAAGUCCAAGAAGGAGAAGAAGCACAAAAAGCACAAGAAGCACAAGCACAAGUCCAAGCACAAGAAACACAAGAAGGAGAAAGAAGAGGAGAAAGAGGGGGAGUCUAUUGUGGACCAGGACCUCUCAGAUUGAAGGACAAAGAGGAAUAUUAAUGGCUCAGAAAGUGGCGAGGAAGAUGACAACCUUGACGAACUCGAGAGAAAGUUACGGGAGCGAGCGCUACAAUCCAUGCAGAGCAGAGCCAAGAGUUCAAAAUCAAACUCCCCGCAAGAUGACGACUAAUCUAGAACAAUUGUUAUAUGUUAUUAUAGAUAUGCAAUUUGUGUAACAGCAAGGGGUGGAAAGAAAAAGCUGUAUUUUGUGAGCUUUUUUGUUCAAAUUAAUUUGCCAAUUGAUACAAUAGACAGGAUUGGAUUGUAACAGAUAGACUUAGUUUUGGUUGGUGCAUUUUUUUAGAUAUUCUCACAAUUGAAACCCGUAUGUGUAUAUGAAUAUGUACUUUCUUUCUGGUUGUUUAUUUUAACUGGACGCAGUUCAACUCAGUUUCUGACGCUUGGUUAAGACUUAAGCACAAAACUGCCAAUUUGGAGUUUGAUAUGAAAAGACUGUGACUGUGAAAAGUGUUUACAAUGUCAUUGACAUGUUUGUUUAAACUGAAUAUAUGAGUAGGUAUGACAAGUCAUUGAAACUGCCAGCUAAUGCGAUGGUACUAAAAUUAUGUGUGUUUUAGCUGAAUGAAAGAAUGUACAACUGUCUGUAUGGCCGAAAGAAUUAAAGUAGUCGUGCUGUAUGUUUAUUUGCUCGUUUAGUUAAAUUUGUAGCAGUGUUGGUACAAUUCUUUUCUUACUGCCCUCCUUGAUGGCAGACCUCAGAGAGAUUCCCUGCAAAAUGUGCUGGAAAAAAUUUCUUAGAGAUGUAAGCAUUCAUGGAUACCAGUAGCUAAAAGCAUCCCAGUAACGUGUUAUUCCAGCAAUAACACGGGUAAUGUAGUUUUUUUUUUGGGUUAAAAUAAACAAGAACAGGUAAUACAUGGUGUGUCUGGUAGCCUUGGUCAUCAUUUCUCUUCUAAGUUGUAACCAUUUUCCUUAACCGUAUCAUGGUAAAUACAUUUGUGCAUUUUCGUCGGUUGGAUUUUGAGCAUUAGUAUAUAGUAGUUUUGGUACAUCUACAUUUUGAACUGUCUUGCCUGUAUGAAUAGAUGACUCGGAAACCCCAGCAAUUUCUUGAACUCAGGCUUUCGCAAUUAUAAACAUGCGGAUAUUAAUUUUCAUGUGUGCUACAUAACCAGCCUAUGUAAACAGAGCAUUGAUCGGGCAUUGGCAUGGUUACUCAACUCACUAAGCAAAACACUGAAAGUUUGCAUUGCAGCAAGGAAAAAAAAGUACUGGUAAGGCAGUCUUCAGAAGGACUCAAAAGUUUCCAAUAGCUUGUUUUGUGUGCAUUCCACUAGAGUACUGUAGGAUGUAUAACUCGUUGUGAUUGGAGGUGUUCUGCCAGGCUGGAAAAAAUAUUGAUGUUUAGAUUUUGGCCCCUUCCGCUAAAAAAUAUACCCAUGGGCCAUAGAUCUAAAUAAUUGUCUUUAAUUAGCGCUAGCAGGAGUAUGAUACCACAAUUUGACCCAAAAAAUCAUCAGGUGUGAUGCAGAUGGACCCCCUCUAUCAAAAUAUCAGGUGAAACCUUUUCUGUAACAUGGGUUGAACGAAAUCACAUUUCUAGGCCUCUUUUAGGAAUUGGCUCCUGUACUACAAUAGAAUUUAUUGGUUUAAGUUACAGCUGCAAGAUAGUAAAUAUUCCCAGUACAUACCUUUUAGCUUUGAUAUCAGCAACUAUUUAAGUGAUGAUUGUUGGAAAAUUCUUCAUGG